AUGCAUUGGAACCGUUAUUGUUGGACAAUCGAGCAUCAGAAGGAUCUGCUCAAGAGUGACAGCCCAAAUUUACCAAUGGAAAAAUUUUAUGUUCUAUGCAGAGUUCGAAAAUUAUAUCUUAAUUACUAUCUCAUGGAGGAUGGUAUUAGUUGGAGGUUCUUUGACCGCACAUAUUUCAACCAUCAUAUUGUCAAAAAUUUAUGUUGCGACAUAGGGGAACAAGACACGUGGUUCAAUAAGUUUAGUCAAAUGCUUGAAUAUUUACAUGUUCCUCUAUGGUAUCAACUAGACAUGGUUCGAGACAUCAUAAAUAAGGCCUCGUUGAUUCUUCAAGAGUAUGAAAAACCUAGGAGAAUCCCAAUUGUCGUCGACAUAAUCCAUCGUGUUCCUCAUAUAAUUUCAAAUCCUUAUCAAGAUUAUCAUGAAGAAGCUGAUGAGGAUGAGAUUGAGUUGAUAGAGCAAGUCGCGACGAGUUUAUUGAACUUGGAAGAAAAUCGUGUGUUUGUGCCUGUAAUUCCCGCAUCGAGGGAUGCCGUUAAAGCACUGGAGAAGGUGAAAGUGGAGACAAUGAAUAGUGAAAAGAGUUUUGGUGAAACUUGUAUGAUAUGUUUUGAUAAGUUGUUUUUAAAUGGCAUUGUUGAAGUUACUCGCAUGCCUUGCAAGCACCUUUAUCAUGGAGGUUGUAUUGUUCAAUGGCUUGAGAGAAAUCAUGUUUGUCCUUUGUGUCGCUUUAAGAUGCCCGUAGGCAAAAUAUUGGGCUUUGAUUUGGUUUAG